ACCGGAAUUCUAACGGGUGCAUGUAUGUUUCUCGCAUCUAUAAGACAUUAAACUCUUUGACUUGAAUUUCCAAUUAUGUACAUGAUUCUUAUCCUUUGCCGAAGAUUUUUAAAAAGUAGUAAAACUUUUUGAGAUCUAGAGAGAGAGAGAGAGAGAGAGAGGAGCCCCAAUGCCAUUAUAUAUAUAGUCAAGCCCCUAAACAAAUGCAUAUAUUUUCUAACUGUUGUGAACAUGAGGCUCUUAUUCAUGUCAAUAGUGUUAAGCUUAUUAUGCAGAGAACUAAGGCUUGUUUCCGGUGAUAUCGGCACGGCAACGUCUUAUGGUCCUCCUUACAUACCUACAAAGUGCUUUGGAAGUAGGCAAGACCAGUUCCCGCCGGGGAAUCUGUUUGUGGCGGUGAGUGAAGGGUUGUGGGACAAUGGUGCUGCGUGUGGAAGGCGGUAUAGACUGAGGUGCCUAAGUGGACGUAAUAAGCCCUGCAAGGGUGGUGCUACUGUGGACGUGAAGGUGGUUGAUCUUUGUCGAGAUUCAACCUGCCCUUCUACCGUAGCCAUGUCAACUGAUGCUUUUGCAGCCAUCUCAAACUCUCCUUCUACAAGAAUCAACGUCGAAUAUGUCCAGAUAUGAAAUCAACUGAACCAGAUAUAUGAUGACCAAUCACAGCUGAGAAUAUCAUCAAUUAUAUUGACUUUGUAGUUCAUGUUGGUCUCAGGUUUAUAAAGAUAUCGAGAAGCAUUGUAAUAAUAAUUAAUAUGAUACUACAUUUUCUUAAUUUGUACUACACUAGUCUUCAAUAAAAUGACACGCAGAGUUUUGUUA